AAAAGAAGCCAUUUGAUCAGUGGUUUCCACCGCAAAGACACAUCACACAAAAGCAGGCCCUAAAUCGAAGCCUGAAUAAAAAAAAAAUGCGCGGACUCGUCGAGGAUACGAAAAGGACAAAAUUGUCCCAGAACAACAAUAAUAAUGUGGCCACCAGUGCGACCAGUGGAAGUCGUCUCAAGUCAUCCUCGACGGCAGCCAUGUCGAGUGCCAGCAGCACGUCCGCCAAGCCCUUGAGGAGUGUCGUUAAAACGCCAACGACAACGACGUCAUCGGUAGGACUGGGACUGAGCGGAGGAGCCAAGAAAACGUCACAGAGUAUGCAGCAACAGCAACAAAAACAACACGAAGUUGGCAAGUCCGCCAAGUCGUCAUCAGGGGCAGCAAGUGCCACAGCAAGGGCGGCAACAACCGCACAGCCAAUUGCAAAAACACAAAAGGGUCAGAAUCCACCCCCACAAAUGCAUCCCCAGUCGUCGUCGUCGUCGAAGGCGCCACAGAAAGAGGCACAACCACAGCAGCAACAGCCGCAGCCGCAACCGCCGGCACAGGCUGUACCACUUCAGCCGAGCAACAACAGCAGCAACAGCACGACAAUCGCCCUGCCCAAGGCCUCGCAUGCCAACCACACUAACGAGGAGCUGGCCAACGGCGUGCAGGACACCAUUUACCUGUGCAACUUUCGUGUAUCCGUGGACGGCGAGUGGCUGUGCCUGAAGGAGCUGCAGGAUAUCGAUGUGGCCGGCGGUCAGCAGGCAGGCGGAGGCGUCGGCGCCAACCAGCCACACACUGGAAACUCCAGCUCCGGCCACGGUACUGCUGGGACACAUGCCAGUGGCAGUGGCUCCCAGUUUGGGAAGCGGAACAGCAAACGCUUCUCCGGAUUGUCAGCGGCCGGAAGUGCUGCCGCGGCUCUCGAGGAUAAUGGUAUUAUGGCACUUGAAAAUCUAAUCGGUCGUCGUCUGUGCGACAUGGUCGGCUCCAAUGCACUCAAUGCCUCCCAGUCGCACUCCCAGACGCAGUCGCAGCACAAGAAUGUGGGCCUCUUCGCAGAGUGGUCGCAUCUCUCGCGCGACACCGCGGAGAUCGAGCGGAGUAACUUGGUGAACAUCUGCAAGCUGGUCGUCAAGGAGCUGCUGGAGCAGUCGCUGCGCUAUGGUCGGAUGCUGGACUCGGACCAUCUGCCGCUGCAGCACUUCUUCAUCGUGAUCGAGCACGUGCUGGGCCAUGGGCUGCGGCCAAAGAAGGGCCUGCUCGGACCCAGGAAGGAGCUGUGGGACCUGCUGCAGAGCGUCGAGCACUACUGCCCCGAGGCGCAGGACAUUACGGCCAGUGUGCGGGACCUUCCCACUGUUCGCACGCACAUCGGACGGGCACGGGCCUGGCUGCGGAUCGCCCUCAUGCAGAAGAAGCUGUCGGACUACCUCCAGGCGCUGAUCGAGCACCGCGAGGACUCGCUCUACGACUACUACGAGCCGCAUGCCCUGAUGAUGAGCGACGAGAUCGUUGUGAUAAUGGGCAUUCUGGUGGGACUGAAUGUGAUCGACUGCAAUCUGUGCGUGAAGGAGGAGGACCUGGACUCGCAGCAGGGCGUCAUCGACUUCUCCCUGUACCUGCGCUCCAGUUCACGCAGUCCCGAUGUCCCCGACGACAGUGCUCCGCCUGCGCUGCUGGAUGCCACCGGACAGGGCAACAUGAUAGCCGUGCUCGACCAGAAGAACUACAUCGAGGAGCUGAAUCGUCAUCUAAAUGCCACCGUUGGCAAUCUGCAGGCCAAGGUCGAGUCGCUGACCACCACCAAUGCUUUAAUGAAGGAGGAUCUGGCCAUUGCACGCAACAGUCUGCUGGCUCUGCAGGCCGAGAACCAGGCCAUGCGCCAGUCCAGCCAAACGCAGCAGCAGCAGCAGAAGGACUCGGACAACAGCUCUGGCAGUGGCUCCGAAAAGGAAAAGACCGAAGGGGUAAGCACGGAUCUGUCUGAGGAGCGGCGCAAGAACGGCGAGCUGGAGAAGGAGCUGAAGCUGCAGGUGUCUCUGAAGGCAGAGUCGGACAUGGCAAUGAAGCUGCUGGAGAAGGACAUACACGAGAAGCAGGACACGAUAGUCUCGCUGCGCCGCCAGCUGGACGACAUCAAGCAGAUCAACCUGGAGAUGUAUCGCAAGCUACAGGAAUGUGAAGAUGAACUCACACAGAAGGGCGAGAUGGUCUCGCGCUUGCAAACGAAAGCCUCACAAAUUGGUAACAUUUUACAAUCGCUAGAAAAGAAGUACGAGUCGAAGCUGAACGAUCAGCACGGAGCAGGAGGAGGAGGAGGAGGAGGAAGCGUAUUCGGAGGAGGAGCCAACGCCGGGGACCGUUCGCCCAGCACCAGACGCCAGCAGAAUCUGGAGAAGUUCGAGGCCCUCACCAAGAAGCACAAACACGACGCCGGGCCACCCAUGAAGCGGAUGCACCUCAAAAUGGAUGCCUUUCCGCCGUUCGAUCCCAACAAGUAUCGCAAGUCCCCAUCGAGUGCUGCAGCUGCUGUUGGAACCCAACCCCUGGAGCCCCUAGAGCCACAGGAAGCCCAAAGGAAUGACCCAAAGACGCCCACAUCCGCCAAGUCGCUCAACGAUGAGCUGGCCGAGGCGGCAGCAGAUAUAACCCAACACUUCGGCGGCGAUGGAUCACGCAGCGACUACGCAUUGUCCGGGAUUGUGGAAAACGCCGCAGCGGGCGACUCUUAGACGCGUAUUAAUUGUAGAUAAAGAAGAACAGAACCCCAUUAAUCUAUGUAUUGCGAGAUAUACUGCGCAUAGUUGUUGCCUCCUUACUACUCCCAUACUAUAUUUAUGUAUCCAAGGCCUUGGCGUGCACUCAAAGUCCAUGUCCAUGUACGGGUCCCUAGGCCCAUGAUAGUGUAUAGGAAGCCUAGACAGAGUAUGUGUAGACUUUGUUAAAGGUUUGAUUAAUAAUAUGCAACCUGAUAGCUUAAUUAUCUGCCCACUCCCCCUGAGCCCCAAAGGAACCCCUGAGAGAUGGAACAAUCAUAAAUGAUGUAUGAUGAUAUAUGAAGAACAGAACGUAUUUAUGUAUAUAUGUAAAAGAAGCUUCAGUUUCAGAUUCAGAUGAGAACUGUAUACACGUACAUAUAUACACUCAGAGAAAAUUACACCCACAAAAAUAGAGAAAUCAAAUCGUACUCGCUUUGAUUUAAACAGAAAUGUUUUAAAUACGGCUCACAUUUAAUCUAAAUAUAAAACACUUCAAAAUAUAUUUAGCCUAAA